UCUUCUUCUUCUUCUUCUUCACAGAGCCUCCUCCGCCUCUCUCUCAAAAAAUGUCCUCUUCUACAACAACCCUUUCUUCCUCCGAACCAGAAAUCCCUCCUAAACCACUCAAUCCAUCAAGGGUUGCUCCUGAAACCAUUGGAAGAGCAGUAGAAGCUCUAAAAAAAUGGAACAAAACAAGAUCAAAAGAUGAAACACCACAACUCAUAGAACAAGAGGAGUUCUUAUAUCUUGUACUAACCCUAAAGAAAAUCCCAUCUAAUGGCCGAACAAAUCCAUACAAAAUCCUAUUAUCUCAUUCACUUCACCCAUCUGAUUCUACUGAAGAACAUUGUUUAAUCAUUGAUGACCGUUCUAAAUCAACUCUCACAUCUGAAGCUGCUAAGAAGAAAAUCGCAGAGGAAAAUAUACCAAUCUCUAAAGUCCUCAAGCUUUCGAAGCUCAAGACUGAUUAUCGACCUUUCGAAGCGAAACGAAAGCUUUGUGAUUCUUAUGAUUUUUUCUUUGCAGAUAAAAGGGUUAUCCCAUUGCUUCCAAAGCUAUUAGGUAAGCAAUUUUUCAAGAAGAAGAAAAUUCCUGUUCCUAUUGAAUUGACACAUAAGAAUUGGAAACAACAGAUUGAGAAUGCUUGUAGCUCAGCUCUAUUCUAUUUGAGAACUGGUACUUGUAGUGUUAUUAAAAUUGCUAGGGUUUCUAUGGAAAAUGAUGAAAUUGUUGAGAAUGUUGCCGCUGCGAUUGAUGGUGUUGUAGAGAUUGUUCCUAAGAAAUGGGCGAAUGUUCGUUCAUUUCAUUUGAAAAUGUCUGAGUCUUUAGCAUUACCUGUUUAUCAAGCUGUUCCUGAUUUGGGUUUGAAAAUUGAGGGUUUGAAGAAGGUUGAGGAAUUGGAAGAGAAGGAAUCGGUGGAGGAAGGUGGAGAUGAAAAGGAGGUGAAAGAGAAGAAGAUUACACCUGCGAAGAAUAAAGGGUCUAAGAAGGGAAGAAUUCAUGAAGUUAGGUAUAUGGAUGAUGAUAUUGGUGAAGCUUUGGAUAAUUUAUCUGAUGAGGAGGGGAAUGAAAUUGCUGAAUUGGAUGCUAAAUUGGUGGGUAAGAAGAGAAAGAAGGUAGGAAGUUCGAAAAAAGAGAAAGUUGUUGACGAGGAGAAGAAACCAAACAAGUCCUCUAAGGUGAAGAAGGUGGCAAUUGUGAAGCAGGAUGAUCUUGGUGAAGCUUUGGAUAAUUUAUCCGAUGAGGAGGAGAAUGAAAAUGCUGAAUUGGAUGCUAAAUUGGUGGGUAAGAAGAAAAGGAAGAUGGGAAGUUCGAAAAAAGAGAAAGUUUUUGAUGAGGAGAAGAAACCAAACAAGUCCUCUAAGGUGAAGAAGGUUGCAAUCGUGAAGCAGGAUGAUGGAGAUGUCGAGAAUGAAGUUGCGGAUGAUGUCUCUCUUUCUAGUGGAUCCAAGAAGAGGAAGAAGAAAACUAGUAAAAUUGACAAGCCUGAGAGUGGGGAAUUGAAGGCGAAGGUUAAGAAGAGCAAGAGAACAACAAAAGCUUGAGAUGUGUCUGGUUUUGUUUUGGUGAGAUUUGAGACGACGAGCUUGCUGAGGAGAUCCUCCUGCCAUCUACACUUCUUUAAGGUCACAUAUGAUUAUGCGUGCAAGUCAUUUUACUUGCAGUUUUUAAGUUUUAGUAUUUUGUUGUGAUGUUUUCUUUGCUUAAUCAAAACUCAAUUGCUUUAGAGUAGAUUUUUUUUGAAUAGCAUGAUAUGUGUGCCUGACGAAUAUCACUCUUUAUGGUGCUGCAAUUGAACUUACAAUUACCAUUAC